GACAUUCUCUCAUCAAAUACAGAAAUUGAAAGUUCCAGAAAACAGGUAUGGCUAUGCAAACUGCAGUUUUACCACUAUUAGCCAUCUUUUUCCUGUGUCCUUUAACGGAAAUUGAAGCUGAUUGUGGAGACACUGCAGCCGAUAUUAUCUUUAUUUUGGAUGCGAGUGGAAGCGUUCAAAGAGCAAAUUUCGAGAAAAUGAAAGAGUUUUUCAAGGCAAUGGUUGAUGGAUUUCAAAUAGGUUAUGAAAAGGUCAGAAUUGGAUCCAUAACAUACAGUUCUUCUGUUCAAGAAACAUUUCAGCUAACGGAUUAUAUUGAUGAAGCCAAUCUGAAGUCCAGAAUUUCAAAUAUCGUUUACACUGGAGGAGGUACAAACACAGCAGCAGCGAUUAAGUAUGCUCGAAUAACCAGCUUUUCUUCACAGUACAGCAGACCAGAUGUUCCAAAAAUCGCGGUCAUUAUAACUGACGGUCAGUCAAACGACAAGUUUGCAACAUUGUCGGAAGCCGAACUUUUACGUAAUGAAAGCGUUUUCAUCUUCUCUGUUGGUGUCGGAAGUGGAACGGACAAAUCCGAACUCGAGGGAAUGGCAUCAAACAAGAGUUAUGUAUUUGAUGUGUCGACUUUUGAUGCUUUAGACAGUAUGCGGGAAAAACUUUCGGAAACCGCUUGUGAAGUUAUGUCUUGUGGACAUCCUGGAACGCUAUAUAAUGGAUAUCUGAAUGGGAGUGAAUUUUUCCAAGGAAAAACUGUUAACUAUAGCUGCAAUGAGGAAUAUAAACUCAUAGGCGAUAGCCAGAGGACCUGCUUAAGUAACAAAACCUGGUCUGGAAGCCUUCCAACAUGUAUAUUUUUCAACACAUGCGGGAGUAAUCCUUGUCAGAAUGGAGCUACAUGUACAAAUGGAGAGAAUAAGUACACCUGUGAUUGUCCCAGUGGCUACUCGGGUGUUCAUUGUGAAGAAGAUAUCCAGCCACCAUUAGUCCAGAACUGUCCCGCGGAGAUACGACACACGUCCCCAUCGCGACAUGUAGAUGUUUUCUGGAAGGCGCCACACUUCUACGAUCCAUUUAAUAACACAGUUAUUGUUACCACAAACUACCCGGAUCACGGAUCAACCUUUCUCUGGGGAGACUAUGUUGCUCGCUAUCACGCCUUUAAACCCUCCAACGGUCUCAGAGCAAAUUGUACCUUCAACAUAACAGUUCGACCUAACCCAUGCCCAAACGUAACUAUUCCGAGAAAUGGUGCUCUCGUUUGCAAUGGAUGGAAAAGAGAAUUCACUCAGUUCUGUGUCAUUUUCUGUCAAACUGGUACUAUACUCACUUCUGGUCAUGACUUCCGCACGAGAUACAUUUGUGGCGGAAGUGGACAAUGGCUGCCGACAGGAAACCUUCCUUCUUGUGAAUUAUCCCAAGUACUACCAUCAACAAAUGAUAGACCAUACUACUUCAAAAAUUGUGACCGAAACGACAAAGUCAGAAUGAAGAAAGGGUACCAUUGGAUUCUGAAGAACUCAAAUUUUAAAUUUCUCUGCAACAAUUAUGGUGACCUUUGUAAAAUGGAAAAUGUUGAUGUUCAGUGCUGAUGAAUUUCUAAUUAUUUGCAUUUGAAAAAAUCAUGUAAUAUUUCUAUAAUUUCGGUAUAAUUUGAUUCGUCAU